AUGCCGCUAGUGCUUUUCACAGGCUACCCAUGCAGUGGUAAAACAACGCUUGCCAAAGAUUUGGUGCAACUACUACAAUCCAAAAUAGAUGCAACCCCAUCAUUGAGUAAAUACUCCGUAAUCUACCAUUCCGAUGAAUCGUUGGGCAUAAAGCAUUCAGACUACAUAACCUCUCAAGAUGAAAGAAAAUUGAGGUCAGAGAUCAUCUCCGCAGUGAAAAGAGACCUUUCCAAGAACAAAAUAGUCAUUGUAGAUUCCUUGAACUAUAUUAAGGGUUUCCGGUAUCAACUCCACUGCGAAGUGAAAAAUAUGUCGACCACGUUUUGUGUGAUUCAAACUUUAUGUCCGCCAGAGACUAUAUUUGAAUGGAAUAGCACCUCAAACACGAAUCCAUGGGAACCGCUUCUGUUGAACCAAUUGAUACAAAGAUAUGAAGAGCCUAACUCUACGAACCGUUGGGAUUCUCCACUUUUCGCUAUCCUCACCCCUCAGGACAGUAUUACUGACCACAUCGACGACAUCUGCAAGGUCGUUUUCCAAACUGCCAGAUCGGCCAAAAGCAGUGGCCACAACGAUCCAUUGAGCAAAGGUUUGCAGAAACCAAACUCUGCCACUGUACUAAAGCCCGCAUCCCAAUCCAAUUUCAUCCAGGUUCUCGAUGUAGAAACCACCAAGAUAAUAAAAAUAAUAAUGAACCACAUCAAGAGCCUGAUCUCGAUUGGUGGGGUGGGCAACGGAACAAGAGUCAUCGUUUCUGAGGGCAUUACCGACAUCAAUGACGACGGUUGCUUUUUCGUGGAUCUUCCAAUUGGUAAUGUCGUCACUUUGGCGCAAUUGCAAAGACUGAAAAGGCAGUUCAUCAACUUUAACAAACUGAGAGAUUUAGACCAAGAUAGAAUCGGCGCUCUUUUUGCCGAUUAUCUUAACAAGAACUUGAAUUGA